AUGCUUAAGAACUGGACAAUAAAUACUUUCCUCUUUGUUUUCUCGUGGUUUAGUGUGACUGGGCAAUAUGAUGCAGAGGCACCAGCGACACUCAGCGGAAUCUUACCCACGGACAAUCUACAUUCAGACCCAAAUCAAGUUUGCGGCCCGAGCAAUCCAAAUGGCUUGCUGGCCAACGUGGAGCUUCCUGCUAGUCUAAUAUGCGCCGGCGGCGAGAUGGAUGCGGGUGACUGCUUCGGCGACGGAGGAUCCGCACUUUUCUGCCCCAUGGAGACGGACCCAUCUCGCUAUGAGCAAACUAGCAUCGUUAACUGGGGCAUCGGUUGUCGACAGGAAAACGUUCCAGCGGUCUAUACCAAUGUGCAAAUGUUCCGAGAUUGGAUCCUUCUGCACCUGGCCCAGAACUCCAACAGUGUUCCAUUCGCUGGUUAG